UUCCUGUUCUGCUCUCCGCACCGCCUCCUGCAGUGUCCCGGGACGGCGCUGGGCCCCGCAGCCCCGGGAGGUCCCCCGCCGUGCCACCUGCACCAUGCAGUCCCGCCUCCUGCUCCUCGGGGUCCCGGGCGGCCUGGGUGAUGUGGCGUCGCGGCGCGUGCGGCUGCUCCUGCGGCAGGUGGUGCGGGGCAGGCCGGGCGGGGACCGGCAGCGGCUGGAGGUCAGACUGAUGCAAACCGCGGGGACCGACUCAGGUGAUACAGUUAAUAUUGGAGAUGUGUCCUACAAGCUGAAAACACCCAAGAACCCAGAACUUGUCCCACAGAACUACAUUUCAGAGUCUCCAGCUCAGUCCAUAGUCCAGCAUCUGAGAUGGAUAAUGCAGAAAGAUCUGCUGGGCCAAGACAUCUUUCUCAUAGGACCUCCUGGGCCUCUUCGGCGCUCUGUUGCCAUGCAGUACUUGGAGCUGACCAAGCGAGAGGUGGAAUACAUUGCCCUGUCAAGAGACACCACCGAAACCGACCUCAAACAGCGCCGGGAGAUCCGAGCUGGCACGGCCUUCUACAUUGACCAGUGUGCUGUUCGAGCUGCCACAGAAGGCAGGACACUGGUUUUGGAAGGCUUGGAGAAAGCAGAGAGAAACGUGCUUCCAGUAUUGAACAACUUGCUGGAGAACCGGGAGAUGCAGCUUGAAGAUGGGCGCUUCCUGAUGUCUGCCGAACGCUACGACAAGCUUCUCCAAGAUCACACUAAAGAGGAGUUGGAUGCUUGGAAGAUUGUCCGGGUUAGUGAACAUUUCCGAGUGAUUGCCUUGGGCUUGCCAGUGCCCAAGUACCCUGGGAAUCCAUUAGACCCCCCUCUCCGUUCUCGAUUUCAAGCCAGAGAUAUUUAUUUUCUACCCUUCAGGGACCAACUAAAUCUAUUAUAUUCAGUUGGAGCCAAUGUUUCUGCUGAGAAGGUUUCUCAGCUUUUGUCCUUUGCUACAACUCUCUGCUCCCAAGAAUCCUCUACACUUGGGCUUCCAGACUUUCCUUUAGAUAGUUUACCAGCGGCAGUUCAAAUCCUGAAUUCCUUCCCUAUGAUGUCAAUUGAACAUGCAAUCCAGUGGCUGUAUCCGUACACGAUUUUACUGGGACAAGAAGGCAAGAUGGCUGUGGAAGGUGUUUUAAAACGCUUUGAGCUCCAAGGUUCUGGAAACUCCCUGCUCCCUAAAGAGAUUAUAAGAGUGGAGAGGAUGACUGACAACUGCAUCUCCCAAGCUCACGUGACAAUCCAAGUGGCAGGAAAAGAAGUAACCAUUAAGGUGCCAGCUGGGACUAGAGCAAUAAAUCAGCCUUUUGCACCUGACUGUUUCAUUCAGACUCCAAGUCACAAGCAGUUACUGGCUGAAAUGAUGCAGUCUCACAUGGUGAAGGACUUGUGUGUAAUUGGAGGCAAGGGCUGCGGGAAAACGGUCAUCGCUAAGAACUUUGCUGAUAUCUUAGGAUACAACAUAGAACCCAUCAUGCUCUAUCAGGAUAUGACAGCACGUGACCUGCUACAGCAGCGGUACACACUCCCCAAUGGUGACACUGCCUGGCGAUCGUCACCCCUUGUGAAUGCUGCUCGAGAAGGCAAGCUGGUCCUGUUGGAUGGCAUCCACCGGGUCAACGCUGGCACGCUGGCUGUAUUGCAAAGACUCAUCCAUGACCGGGAGCUCAGCCUGUACGAUGGAUCGAGACUGCUGAGACAAGACAGGUACCUGAGCUUGAAGGAGGGACUGCAGCUAACAGAUGAGCAGCUGCAGGAAAGAUCUAUUUUCCCUAUCCACCCCUCGUUCAGAAUCAUCGCUUUGGCAGAGCCCCCUGUUAUUGGGAGCACAACACAGCAGUGGCUGGGACCAGAAUUCUUAACCAUGUUCUUUUUCCAUCACAUGAAGCCACUUGUGAAAAGUGAAGAAAUCCAAGUGAUAAAGGAAAUGGUCCCCAGUGUACCUCAGGAAGCUUUGGAGAAAUUGCUGUCAGUUACACACAAACUCAGGGAGACCCAGGAUCCAACAGCACAAUCCUUGGCAGCAUCGCUUUCUACCCGUCAACUGCUACGGAUCGCUCGCCGGCUGUCACAGUAUCCCAAUGAAAAUCUUCAUGAUGCCAUUACUAAAGCCUGCCUUUCCAGGUUCUUACCAAGCCUGGCAAGGUCAGCGCUGGAGAAGAAUCUGGCAGAUGCUGCAAUAGAAAUAAAUACUAAUGAUAGCCUGGAGCCAGAACUGGAGAGCUACAAGUGUGAGAUAGUAUCCGGGUCUCUGAGGAUUGGCGCUGUCAGUGCACCAGUGUACAAUGCCCAGGAGAAGAUGAAAGUGCCUGAUGUUCUCUUCUAUGACAACGUUCAGCACAUGAUAGUGAUGGAAGACAUGCUCAAAGACUUCGUCCUCGGAGAACACUUGCUGUUGGUCGGUAACCAGGGUGUAGGAAAAAACAAGAUCAUGGACCGGUUCCUUCACCUGCUCAACAGACCCCGAGAAUACAUCCAGCUGCACAGGGACACGACGGUGCAGACUCUGACCCUUCAGCCCUCAGUUAAGGAUGGACUGAUUGUGUAUGAAGACUCACCUCUGGUUAAAGCGGUAAAGAUGGGUCAUAUUCUAGUAGUAGAUGAGGCAGACAAAGCCCCAACAAAUGUCACCUGUAUUCUGAAAACUCUGGUAGAAAACGGAGAAAUGAUUCUAGCAGAUGGAAGACGCAUUGUAGCACAUGCUGCCAAUGUGGAUGGAAGAGAAAACGUAAUCGUGAUCCAUCCUGACUUCAGGAUGGUGGUUCUGGCCAACAGGCCUGGCUUCCCUUUCUUGGGCAAUGACUUCUUUGGCACUUUAGGUGACAUUUUUAGCUGUCAUGCCAUUGAUAACCCCAAGCCCCAUUCAGAGCUUGAGAUGCUCAAACAGUAUGGCCCAAACGUGCCUGAAGCCAUCCUUCAGAAGCUCGUGGCAGCCUUUGGAGAGCUGAGGAACUUGGCUGACCAAGGGAUUAUUAACUACCCUUAUUCUACCAGAGAAGUUGUCAACAUUGUCAAACAUUUACAGAAAUUUCCCACCGAAGGUCUCGCCAGUGUGGUUCGGAAUGUAUUUGAUUUUGAUUCUUACAACAAUGACAUGAGGGAAAUUUUGAUGAACACUUUGCACAAAUAUGGGAUCCCAAUUGGAGCAAAGCCUACCAAUGUGCAUCUGGCAAAGGAGUUGCCUCUCCCAGAGCAGACAUUCAUGGGCUACUGGAUUACUGGUCAGGCGGGAAAUGGGAUGCAAAAGAUCUUGUGUCCAGUCCAAACGUCUCACAUUGACAUAAAGGGUCCAGUGCUUGCAAACAUAGAAGAGUACCCAAUAGAAAAGCAUGAAGCCAGAUUCCUAAACUUCACCGAAGAGUAUGUCUCUUGGAGGUUUCCACUGGAUGAAGUUAAUUUGAUCUGCGACAUUGCUGUAUCACAUGAAAAUGGGGAACACACUCUGUAUGUAGCUGCAUGCAAUCCCAUUUCCUUAUACUUUAUGAAUUUAACUGGGAAAAAUGGCUUCUUUGUGGACUUCUUUGACAUCUUCCCGAGAAUGAUCAGUGGAGCCUGGCGACCAUUUGUGACAGUAGCACCACUGGGAAGUCCGCUCAGGGGUCAAGUUGUUCUGCAUGAGGAGCAGAGUAAUGCCAUCCUCUUGCUAGACACCACUGGCCGUGCCAUUCGCCAUCUCAUCCUUCCUGUAGACGAGUUUGCAUCUAAGAAAUCUUCCUGGUGGAACAAGGAAGGCGGUGAAACUUACAGAAUGUGUAAAGAAUUUUCACACAAAAACUGGCUAGUAUUCUACAAACAAACAGGGAACACCCUGACGGUCCUGGAUGUCUUAGAAGGACUAACUCACACCAUCUCACUUCCUAUCAACCUCAAGGCGGUUUUCCUUGUAGCAGAGGACAAAUGGCUUCUUGUGGAAAACAAAACAAAUCAGAAGUAUCUUUUGACCAAGCCUGCACACAUUGGUUCCGAGGACACUGGGGCUUGCCAGUUGUAUAUGUUGAAAGAAGAGCUCCCCAGCACAGGAUUUGGGGUCACACAAGAAACAGAAUUCUGCAUACCUCAUAAAGUCUCAAGUGAUCAACUGUCAUCUGAAAACCUAAGUUCAGCUGUGGGUCAGAAGAUUGCCUCUCCUAACCGGGUUCUCUCAGAUGAAAACAGUUAUGCUACUGUAGUUGUUGGCUUCCCAGAUCUCAUGUCACCCAGUGAAGUUUAUUCAUGGAAGAGGCCUUCAUCUUUGGAAAAACCAAAUGUCACCAACACAGGAAUCUAUGGCGGGAAACGGACAAAUGCUACCCCAAGGCACAAGAACUGUGUGACUCUCACGCACACUAACCAGGUGGUCAGGAUUCUACCUGCCGGAGAAGUCCCUCUGAAAGACAUCUUCCCAAAAGGUGUUACCCCACCACAGACAGCUGGCUACAUAGAGGUUACUGAUCUCCAAGCAAAGAAACUCCGAUACAUCCCUGUCCCCAGUGCAGAGUCUCUCUCACCAUACACCGCGUGGAUAUCUGCUAUCUCAGACACAGAUGCUCUGCUGGCCGAGUGGGACAAAAGCGGCAUCGUGACUGUUGACAUGGGAGGGCGUGUCAGGCUUUGGGAAACUGGACUUGAUCGUCUGCAGCAAUCGCUCAUGGAGUGGAGAAACAUGAUUGGACAAGACAGCGACAAACCUGUGCAGAUAACAAUUGAAAGAGACAGUAAUGAAGAUGUGAGUGACCCCAAACAUGGCAAGGAGGACCCAGACAACAUGCCCCAUGUGGGCGGCAAUACCUGGGCUGGUGGAACAGGGGGAAGAGACACUGCAGGUCUUGGUGGCAAAGGGGGUCCUUAUCGUCUGGACGCAGGCCACCCAGUGUAUCAGGUUUCUGAGGUGGAAAAAGAUGCAGUUCCUGAACAUGUCAAGAGAGCUGCAAGAGAGAUGGCCCAGAGAGCAUUUCAGCAGAGGCUAAAGGAGAUCCAAAUGAGUGAGUAUGACGCGGCAACCUAUGAGCGGUUUUCAGGCGCUGUUCAGCGGCAGGUGCAUGCCCUCCGAGUCAUCCUGGAUAACUUGCAGGCAAAAGGUAAAGAAAGACAGUGGCUAAGACACCAAGCUACUGGGGAACUAGACGAUGCCAAGAUCAUUGAUGGGCUGGCUGGAGAAAAAGCCAUCUACAAACGUCGGGGUGAUCUGGAACCCCAACUGGGUAGCCCACAGCAGAAGCCCAAGCGCCUGCGCCUGGUGGUAGAUGUUUCUGGCAGUAUGUACCGCUUCAAUGGGGUGGAUCGCCGACUAGAGCGCUCCAUGGAGGCGGUGUGCAUGGUCAUGGAGGCCUUCGAGAACUAUGAGGAGAAGUUCAAGUAUGACAUCGCUGGACACUCAGGAGAUGGUUACAACAUUAGCCUUGUUCCAGCUAACAAAAUCCCCAAAGACAAUAAGCAGAGACUGGAAAUUCUGAAGACCAUGCAUGCCCACUCUCAGUUCUGCAUGAGUGGGGACCAUACCCUCGAAGGUACAGAACAUGCCAUCAAGGACAUUACCAAAGAAGAAGCUGAUGAAUACUUUGUCAUCAUUUUAAGUGAUGCAAAUCUGUCUCGAUAUGGAAUAAAUCCUGCCCGGUUUGCCCAGAUCCUAACAAGUGACCCUCAAGUUAACGCCUUUGCCAUUUUUAUUGGUUCUUUGGGGGAUCAAGCAGCCAGGCUUCAGAGAACUCUGCCAGCUGGCCGGUCCUUCGUUGCUAUGGACACCAAGAAGAUUCCUCAGAUUUUACAACAGAUCUUCACCUCCACCAUGCUGUCCAGUAUCUAAGAAGCACCCUUCACCGCCCCAGGACUGGAAGCAAGAUAGCAGUAGAAAGAAUUCUGAAGAGACAGCAACCAAGCCAACCUGUGCCAUGGCCGGACGCUGCUGUCCAGCAGUGAGCAGACUUGUAAAUGGAAAUGUACUCGGGAAGGGCUGGAGGGCCGAAAAGGAAAUGGGGUUGACCUGCAUUUCUUAAAAGGUCAGGGUUGAAGGAAGUAGGUGCAGGAACUACGGGGCUUGGUCUGGUUCCAAACCUAAAGGAUAAAAAAUACCCACUUUUGCCUUAAUAUGUCAUCUGUUGCCAGAUGCCAUCCCAGAAAGCCAACCCUUCACUAAGGGUAAGUCUGCAAGCCCCACCCAACAUGUUCCUGUCUACAAUUAUUUUUACUUUCUCUCCACUGUGUAUUGCCCAGCAAGUAACAAUUUCAGCCUUUAACCCACUGAAAAGCCUUUGAGCAAUAGGACUUUAUGAGAUGUUAGAUUCUCUCAAAAAUCCCAUUCUCUUGACUGAAGGAACCAAAAGGUCCUUAGGGGGCCUGCUCAGAUAACAGAGAGCAAGUGUCCUACUCUCCCUGCUGCCCAAGUUCAAGGAUAAAGAUCUGCUUUUAGUGCUUUCCCAGAGUUCCACAGUGGACUACACGUGCCUGUCCAAAUUACAUCAAUGAAGGUAGCAAAUGCUGGUAAGGAAGGUGACGUCUGGCGGAUUACACAAAGUUAAAAGCAGUAUGCUUGACAAAUGCUAACUGGAGAUUUCUUUAGGUUUAACUAAAGAAAAAUAGACUUUUUAGCUAAAUUCUCUUUCAAAGUGAGAAUUUUCAAGAUCACAUGUUCCAACAGAAGUCCCAUAAACCGUCUAAUAAAAUGUUCCUCUUCACAGCUGGCGAUGAAGUCAGAAGUGCUGGGGGCACCAUUACGUGUGGGCUUACUUACUGUGAGCUGGAAAAACUAAUCUCCUUGAUGAUGUUGGCCUAGCCAUGUACACUGCCAUUGGACAGGCCUGUAAAUUUAUUUCGUUUAAUUAUAGGACAGAAAAAUAUCACCCAUUCCUUCCAACGCCCACCUCCUGUUCAUCAGUUGUCAAAGAAAUAAAAAGAAGUUGAUGCCCAAUAUUGUGUUACCACCCCGGGUUUUCAUGCUUUGUUUUUCUAGUCACAUGCUUGUUCUGGGUGCUUGCUUAUCCCAAAAGGCACCAAGUUCCAACUCACCAAGUGCCUUAGAAAUGAAGUCGUGUCAUUAAUAAUCACAUUUGCCGAUGACUUACUGUCCAUUGGGAAUCUGCUAAAUGGUUCUGUGCGUUAUGUCCCUCCGUUCUCACGGUUUAUACGAGAGCACUUUAUACUGAUAAAGUGUCAUUCAUCGCUCUCACAAGAUUCUUCAUCAUAGACUUUUGAUUAUCCAUUGAACUGUUAGUAUCACUUUACAAAGACAGACAUGGAGGCUUAGAGGUACCCAUGGUCACAGGCAGGUAGACAAGGCUAGAUGCCCCUCCCCUUUUGAGGGUUCGAGUGAGUGAGCCCCUCAUCCACGUCAUAAGCUGCCCUUCCCUGGCGGCCUCCACUGCCUCCCUUUCUUCCAGGCUGACUGUUGUAACCUGUCUUUGUUUCCUAGAGCCUCCUUCCUAGCCCUUGUCCUCAUAAGUCCUAUCAGGCACUCAGAGGUGUGGGGACUAGGGCACAGGACUUUUCUGGAAAGGAUCUUGUAAGUGCUCCUUUUUUCCUGGCUACAGCUGUGAGCCAAGGAAAUGCCCAUAGAGGGGCUGCUUAGCCCAAGGUCACUGCCCCCAGCAGCCUUUGGAAGUAGCAUACCACAGUAGCUCAAGAUGUAGGCCCUUCACAAAUCUCCACACAGAGCCCGAGUAAGCAGAGCCAUUCUUUUUUAAACACGGAAAGAAUGUUCUCCAGUAAUUAAGUUUCCCUUUCCCACUAGGCAGACAUCCUUUGCAAUUGUUCUUUGAAAGAGAAAAUAGACUUUUGUGUUUUCUUAUUUGUAAAAGGAGAAGAUGAGGGGAAAGAUGCUUUGCUUUCACUUCUCAGGGUACCUAAGCCAUGUGUGCAUUUAUUAUUAAAUGUACUUAAUUAUAGGCCGCUCUGAGCUGUUCCCAGGCCCUCAUUAGAGCCAGGACGUAAUAAUAACUGCACUGUGUACCCGCAGGGUAUGCACUGAAAGACAUCCAACCCGAGGCUCUCUUGCAAGCCCCCUGCGGACCACUGAGAAGGUUCAUUGUUAGUCCUGAGCGGCCAGGAGGAAUGAGCACCGUGAAUAGCCACAGUCCAUGGUGUGUGUUCCCCCCGGAAUCCUUUGUGCCCCCAGUAAGAUGACCUCAUCACAGAUGGGGUGACUUGAACACAGCCACAGAAGUAGGUCAGAGCAGGAGGAUUUGAAGGGAGCAGCAGAGGGGAAUGAAUCAUUUAAUUCUUUACCCCCUUUCUUGGGAACCCUGGGAGGAGGAGAAAGCCAUUGGUGCUGGAGGAUUUUCUCUAAACCAACCCUGAGGCUCCGUAGGCCAUUCGAAGUGGGUUCUGAACACAGGCUGGCUAGAGUUCCCUAAAGACCAGCCCCAGAGAGCCCAUCUCCCCUGCACCUGGCUCCUUCCUGGGCCUGUCAGGCCAGCCAAAGUGAAAUUCCUCAGUGAGCACAGUACAGAACAGAGAUGCAGAGUGAGGGAAACAAAAUGGUUGCUUUAUCCUUGAUCUGUAUUCACUUCCAGCAAAUGCAUUUAGAAGAGUAAUCCCCCAAAUCCUAAGCCAGUCUCCCCUACAUGGGCAACCCCUUCUGAAACCCCAUCUCUGGUAUAGCUGCCAUCCACUUUAAAAUCCAAGUGAUAAUAUAUACAGUGUAAGCAUACUUAGAUGGACAAUGCUGUGUCAUAAAGAUCUAACCCACUGCCUUGAUCUUCUAACAUUUGCUCUGGCAGAACUACUAGAGUCUGAUAGCAGAGGGAAUUCAUAACCAGUUCCAACUAGAACUGGUCUGAAAAAAGGGUCUAGCCCCUGAUUGGCUAUUAACUACCUGUGUAAACUUGAACUAGUCAUUCUGGGCCUCGCUGGAGUUAAUUCAAUGCCAUAAUAAAAUGUUUGGAGAAAAUGA